GCCAGGUAAGGUGGAGCGGCGGCACCAGGACUCACGGAGAGAGGUCUGUUGGAGCAAGGUGCGUUGUAGCUGUACUGAGCGCCCAGUCCCAGCUGUCUCGACCAUGAAGGCCACCAUGCUCUUCCUGCUCCUGGCCGCGGCCAUGUGCUGCUGCCCUGGCAACGCAGCACCUGAAGAUCCUUCCGGCAUCUGGGAGAAGCCGUCGUGUGCCAAGUACUUUCCGGAAAGCGGCUGCCCCCGGAUCCUGGACCCCGUGUGCGGCACUGACCUCCAGGUGUACCCCAACGAGUGCGUGCUGUGUGCCGAGAACCGGAAGAGAAACACCGACGUGCAGAUCAAGAACCGCGGGUUUUGCUGAAAAGCGCCUGUGCGCUCGGCCUGGCCGCAGGGAGCAGCACCUCCUUGAAAAUCCCGGCUGGAGACACCAAGAAAACCCGAUAGACCCCCCAGCCGCCGGGAAACCCCAAUAAACCCCAAGCAUUGCA